AUGGCGACGGAAGAGCCUGUUGUUGAGCGGCGGCUCUCCGAUAGCGAGGAGGAGCGCGAUGAGAACCGCCUGGCGCAGUUUGGAUACAAACAGGAGUUGAAGCGGGACUGGGGAUUGGCACACAACUUUGGAGUCUCUUUUUCAAUCAUUAGCGUCAUCACAGGCAUCAGUACGCUCUUCUCAUAUGGGCUGAAUACGGGAGGGCCAGCUGUCAUGUCGAUUGGCUGGAUUCUCGUCUCCUUCUUCACCCUCCUGGUCGCCAUUGCUAUGGCUGAGAUUGUCUCCGCUAUUCCCACAAGCGGAGGGCCAUAUUUCUGGUCGGCCAUGCUUGCGCCCACUCGGUGGUCGCCGUUUGCGGCCUGGCUCACCGGCUGGUACAAUCUUCUUGGACAGGUCGCCGUGACAACGGGCAUCACCUUUGGCCUAGCAAACCUGAUUCCCACGGCCAUUGUCGUCAAGAACCCGGACUUCACGCCCUCGCCUCGCAUCACCAUCGGCAUCUACGCCGCUCUCCUGGUCUCGCACGGCAUCGUCAACACGUUUGGCGUCCGCACGCUGCGCUACCUGAACAACGCGUCCAUUGUCCUGCACAGCGCUGGCAUCACGGCGCUUUGCAUCGCAGUCCUCGCCAAGGCGCCCACCCACCAGCCUGCCUCCUUCGUCUUUGGCCACUUCAACGACGGGACCGGCCUCGAGGGCGAAGGCUGGAGCAUCCGGGCCAGCCCGGCCUACGUCGCGGUGUGCGGCGCUCUCCUGUCGCAGUACACCCUCACCGGCUUCGAUGCGUCGGCCCACCUGAGCGAGGAGACCAAGAGGGCCAGCUGGAGCGCGCCUAUUGGGGUGGUCUCGAGCGUCGGCUUCAGCGCCCUCUUUGGCUUCUUCGUCUUGAUGGCGUUAUUGUUCUCGAUCCAGGACUUUGAGACAGUUCUGAGCAGCGAGUAUGGGCAACCUGUGUUGCAGAUCUUUGUUGAUGUCGCCGGUGAGGAUGGAGCGCUGGUCCUGUUCACGCUGGUUAUGGUUUGUGUCUGGCACUGUGGGCUCUUUAGUAUGACGAGCAAUAGCAGGAUGAUGUUUGCCUUUGCCCGUGAUGGGGGAAUUCAUCCAUUCUUCCACAAGGUCGACGAUCGCUUCCGCUCCCCGAUCCGUGCCGUCUGGCUGUCUGCGACUCUCUCGUUUAUCCUCGCACUGCCCUCUCUCGGGUCGAGUGUCGCGUUCGCAGCAGCAACCUCGAUCGCGACCAUUGGCCUCUACCUGAGCUACGGGCUGCCCAUCCUCAUUGGCUUGGUAUGCCACGAGUCCUUCACGGCAAUGAAGGGGCCCUUCAACCUCGGCGUACUCUCCAGACCCAUCGCCGCUGUCGCCUGCUUAUGGAUUGGGUUCAUUACGGUUGUGUUCUGCCUGCCGACCGCCAACCCAGUCACAAGCGACACGUUCAACUACACGGCCGUUGCUGUCGGCGUGCUUACCGUCCUGGCUGUCGGAUCCUGGGUCGUUUGGGCGCGUCGAUGGUUCACGGGGCCCUCUGCCGAGGUGGCCGAGGCGAUAAGGCUGGGCGUGGACAUCACUGAGCCAAGGGCGUUGGAGGAAAGGGAAAAGGAGACUGGCAAGCUAGCAGAGGGGAGCGUCGCGGAUCGCUCGAAUGAUUAA